UUGGACGAACUGAGGCAGCGUGCUUCGCAGGCGAUUGACGAAGGCCACUCUAUUAUUGUCCUGUCCGACCGCAAUGUGGGUCUAGGAAGGGCUCCGAUUCCAAGCCUGUUGGCAACUGGCGCUGUCCAUCAUCACCUUAGCCGGGAGGGAACCCGGACACGAGUGGGGUUGGUGGUGGAGACUGGGGAGGCCCGUGAGGUUCAUCACUUCGCCCUGCUAAUCGGGUAUGGCGCUGGGGCUAUCAACCCGUACCUGGCGCUUGAGACCGUUCAGGGAAUGAGCGAGUCGGGUUUGCUGAAUGGCCACGGCCCUGACUACGCCUGCAAGAAUUUUAUCAAGGCCAAUGAGAAGGGUGUGCUGAAGGUGAUGUCCAAGAUGGGCAUCUCCACGGUACAGAGCUAUCGGGGCGCCCAGAUCUUUGAGGCUGUGGGUCUCGAACAGGGUCUUGUGGACGAAUAUUUCUCCUGGACCCCGUCCCGUGUUGGCGGAAUUGGGCUUGAGGCCAUCGAGCAUGAGACGGUUCAGCGAUACGCCUCUGCCUACGACGACAUUCAAGUGCCAGGGAACGGGGAGCUGUCCUUGGGCGGUUUCUACCAGUGGCGCCGUGGCGGGGAGCACCACCAGUGGAACCCUGACACCAUCGCCAUACUGCAGCACGCGGCCCGUACCGACAAUGCGGACGUCUACAAGAAGUUCGCUCGCUUGGUGAACGACCAGAGUAGGCGUAUCGCUACCCUGCGUGGUCUUCUUGACUUCAAGAGAGACCGCUCCCCUGUGCCUCUUGACCAAGUGGAGUCCGCCUGGGAAAUCGCCAAGCGAUUUGCCACAGGCGCAGCGUCACUGGGGUCAAUCAGCAAGGAAGCCCACGAAACUAUGGCCAUUGCCAUGAACCGAAUCGGCGCCCGAAGCAACACGGGCGAGGGUGGCGAGGACUACCGGCGCUACAAUCGUCGAUGA